CAACCUGAGACCACGGGCUUCGCGCGAAAUUUGCCAGUUCUAUUAACGAACUUGCAAUCUAUGAUUAUAUAAACAGAAACUAUUCCUUCACUUAUUAUUACUUUUAAAAAAUAAUAAUAACAAAUCUUUUUUUUUCUUUUAAACAAAAAACAGAAUAUCUUUAUAAUCACCCCCAAAUUUUUCUUAAAAAGUUGCGGAACCUGGUGAUUGUGUUGUUCAGGUUGAUCUAGAUUUGCAAUGGAAGAUCGACGUGGAAUGUAUUGAUUUGAGAAGCAAAGAACUAUGAAGCUGUAACUCUAGUGUUGGGUAUAGGCAAGCAUGGUGCUUUUAGGGGUUGGACUUCUAUAGGUAGAUAAUGUUCAAAGCAGUUGCCAACGACUACAAAUGUUUUGGCCAUCAACAAUGGAAAAAUUGAUUUCAGAAGAUUCAACCAUAAUCAACUACCAGCUUUUGAAAGUGAUCCAAGACCAAGUUUUUGUCCGAGUGAAAACCUUCGUGCCAGAAAGUGACAAUCACAAUAUGGUGUACUGAACUAGUGUUUGAGAUAUCCAGUUUCGAAGCGAUUCAAAGCUCCAAUGAUGCAUCAAGAACCAGUAGUGAAGAUUAUAAGAGUGAAACAUUGACUUUUGUUCAUGAAGGCAAGAAAAACUCUUCAAGCUCCAGUUCUUUUUUCGCAGGAGAUAGUAUGGACUAUAAGCCUGGUUGGCCCCUUCUGCUGAGGGGUUGCUCAGAAACACCACCUGCAAAGCUCGCCAGGAAUAUGUCCGUUGUCCAAUGGGUUAUGAACUUACCUAGUCGUUCCCCGCAUCAUACUCCUCGAUGUUCAACCAACAAAGAAAUCGAGCUGAGUGGCAAUGGAGGUAACGAUUAUAGCAGCAAUUCCUCUAUGCAAUAUGAGUUGCAGAAAUGCUUAGAUAUACCCCUGAGAAGAAAUUCAUCUUUUUUCCAAUGGUUCGGUUAUGAAGUUUUAAAAGCUGCAACUGCUGAGUUCUCAUCAGAGAAUCUGAUCGCAGAAGGAGGGAGCAACCGUGUAUAUAAAGGGAUCCUUCCGGAUGGUAAGGCAGUUGCUGUUAAGAUCCAGAAGUCAUCGAAAGAUGCAUACAAGGAUUUUGCCAACGAAAUCGAAAUAGUCUCCUCACUGAAGCAUAAACACAUAAGGCCUCUAGUUGGUGUCUGCGUUAAAGAUUAUGAUCUAAUAUCUGUCUAUGAUUUCUCAUCUAAAGGGAGCUUGGAAGAAAUUCUGCAUGGGAAGAACAAAGAUAAACAUCCCUUGCCAUGGAAAGUGAGAUAUAACGUGGCUGUUGCCAUUGCUGAAGGCCUAAAUUACCUACAUAGUGAGCAUUCUCGACCUGUUAUCCAUAGAGAUGUCAAGUCUUCAAAUAUUCUUCUUUCAGAUGAGUUUGAAGCGAAGUUAUCUGACUUCGGACUAGCAAUAUGGGGACCAACUGCUUCAUCAUUUCUGAUUCAAGCUGAUGUUGUUGGGACAUUUGGGUAUUUAGCUCCUGAAUACUUUAUGUAUGGCAAGCUUAGCGACAAGAUUGAUGUCUACGCUUUCGGUGUUAUUCUACUUGAAUUGCUAUCAGGGAAAAGACCAAUAAGCUUUGAGAAUCACAAGGGCCAGCAGAGCUUGGUCAUGUGGGCAAAGCCGAUGAUAGAAAGUGGAGAUAUGAAAGGCAUACUGGACCCUGAUUUGAAUGGAAAUAUCAAUGCGACUCAGAUGCAUAGAAUGAUGAUAGCAGCAACUCUCUGCAUCACACGGUCAGCUCGACUCCGGCCGAAUAUGAGUGAGGUAUUGGAGCUCUUAAGAGGGGAAGAAGCCAUUGAAAAAUGGGCUGCGACACAAAAUGAGAACAAAGAAAGCCAAGAACAUAAUAUCGACGAUGGUGACGAUGAUGAAGUUUAUCCAAAUUCAAGGGCAGAUUUACAUUUAAGUCUUGCAAUGCUUGAUGUCGAUGAUGAUUCGACAUCAUUUAGUAGCAUGGAGCAAAGCAGUAACAUUUCUAUGGAGGAAUAUUUAAAAGAAAGAUGGAGCCCAUCAUCAAGCUUCAAUUAGAUUCUGUUUUUACAUGUUUUGACAUCUCGUUUGAUAACAAAGUUUGGGAUAUGUUCAUACAUGUACAGUAUAUAAAGUGACGAGAAGAAGAGUGUUUUUCUUAUUGAA